AUGACUUCCAAAUUGACUACCGCCGAGACCAAGAAAGAUGAAGCCAUUGUAUCCGGGGAUGAUGAAGUGGCGAAUAAAUCGGAUCAUGAAUCUCUCAGCACCACCAGCGAUGUCUUCGACGUGAAGGCAAUUGACCCCGUGCUAUCUAGAAAGAUGGCGCUGGUGAAUGCGGCAAUUGAUGAGAUCGGAAUGACCAACUUCCAAUGGAAGCUAUUCUGGCUCAAUGGCUUUGGAUACGCAGUGGACUCAUUGUUGGUUGUAUGCCAGUCGAUUGCAAACCCAGCUGUACAGCAACAGUUUGGACGACCAAGCCGUCACAUUUCAGGCAUCCCAAUGGCCUCGCAAAUCGGAUUACUUGUCGGCGCUGGUCUAUGGGGCUUCUCCGCCGACAUCAUCGGAAGAAAGUUGGCUUUCAAUACCAGCCUGUUCUCCUGCGCGGUAUUUGUUAUCAUUGCUGGUGGCAUGCCAAACUAUAUCUCCUUUGCAGCUCUUGUUGCCAUUUACUCUGCAGGUGCAGGCGGGAACUACAUUCUAGAUGCUACCAACUUCCUAGAGUUCCUCCCGACUAGCCAUGCCUGGCUGGUCACAUUCAUGGCUGUAUGGUGGGCAGUUGGCUACAUGAUUACCGGUUUCCUAGCCUGGGGGUUCAUGAGCAAUUUCAGUUGUGCGCCCGAUGCCACACCAGCUACAUGCUACAACUCAGAUAAUAUGGGAUGGCGAUAUCUGCAUUUCACGUGCGGUGCCCUGGUCUUAGUUUUGGCAUUGGCCCGACUGGCUUUGGUCAAGAUGGUACAAACGCCAAGAUGGCUGAUAGCCCAAAACCGCGACGAGGAAGUCAUUCGCACCCUGAAUAACAUCUCCAUCGGGGCACAACGACCUCAUAGUCUCACACUCGAGCAACUGCAAGCGGAGGGCGUGGUACUCCAUACUGAGAAAUCAGUUUGGUCUUCCCUGCGACUGAAAAUGCAUUUCAAAGGCUUAUUCCAAACCAAGAAGCUGGCUUGGUCGACCACUCUCAUUCUUGCCAACUGGUUCGUUAUUGGCAUGGUAUCUCCAUUGUUCAGCGUCUUUCUGCCUUUCUACCUCAAGUCUCGGGGAGCAAAAGUUGGAGGCGGCACGAAUUAUACUACCUGGAGAGAUUAUGCGAUAAACCAUGUUGCUGGACUUUUGGGUCCUAUCAUUGCUGCGUUACUGGUUGAGACUAAGCUAUUUGGCCGUCGUGGUACGUUGGCAAUCGGGGCAUUUAUCACGAUGUUGUUUCAGUUUGGAUAUACGCAGAUCAAAACUGAGGCGCAAAACGUUGGAGUAUCAUCCGCUAUUUCGGCUGCAUCCAAUAUCUACUACGGAACUAUCUAUGCGUAUACCCCUGAGAUUCUACCGUCGGCCCAUCGUGCAACAGGCUAUGGGCUGUGUGUCGUUGUCAACAGAAUUGGUGGAAUUUUGGGUGUUCUUAUCGGUAGCUAUGCGAAUGUUGAAACUACGGCUCCUUUGUUUGUAUGUGCAGCCCUUUUCGGCUUGCUGGUUGUUCUCAGCAUACUGUUGCCAUUUGAGUCCAGAGGGAAACGAAGUCAGUAG